CGGAGGAUAUUUACCUUUUUAUGCAGAAUUUUUGAGUUUGAAAUCAUAAAGUAGUCAAAUUGACAAAUACGAUGUUUUACUCUUUUGGUAUUCAACAAAUCAACGACAAAGAUUUUUUUGCCGUCUCUGUGUUUUAUAUUAAAUAAAAAGUGUUGGUCGGACCACGAGUGGCAAGUUUACAUACAAAAUUUCACUAAUUUUACACUAAUUGUUACUGGCGGUUAUGAUCAAAAUGCUCAAAAUGACUUCCAUGUAUGCGGACUUACCGGAAGAACAUCCACGAAAUUUAAUACCAGCUUUGUGUCAGCAAUUUUACUACUUAGGCUGGGUAACUGGGACUGGUGGAGGAAUUUCGAUCAAGUACCGUGGAGAAAUUUUUAUCGCACCUAGUGGGGUGCAAAAGGAGCGCAUAAUGCCUGAGGAUCUUUUUGUGCAAAAUAUUAAAGGCGAGGACAUACAAUUACCUCCUGAAUAUAAAAAUCUCACAAAAAGCCAAUGUACUCCGCUAUUUAUGUUGUGUUAUCAACAUCGCAAUGCUGGCGCGGUCAUUCAUACACAUUCCCAAAAUGCAGUAAUGGCUACUUUACUAUGGCCUGGCUUAGAAUUUCGUUGUACUCACUUAGAGAUGAUCAAGGGAAUUUACGACGAAGAUUUGAAACGUAACUUGCUUUAUAAUGAAAAAUUAGUUGUGCCAAUUAUAGAAAAUACGCCUUUUGAAAAAGAUUUGAGUGAUUCUAUGUAUGAGACUAUGAUGAAAUAUCCGCGCUGUAGCGCGAUCCUGGUACGACGCCACGGCAUUUAUGUAUGGGGUUCAACGUGGGAAAAAGCCAAAACAAUGGCGGAAUGUUAUGAUUAUUUAUUUUCGUUGGCUGUGGAAAUGAAAAAAUCCGGUUUGGAUCCAGAGGAAUGUUUUUAAA